AUGUCUGUGAAAUUCGAGGACCGGCUCUUCAUCAAUGGCGAAUUCGUACCUAGUCGAAGUGGCAAAAAGUUCGAGCUGGUGAACCCAACAACGACCACACCCAUAGGCACGGUAUAUGAGGCCCAAGUGGAAGAUGUCGACGUUGCAACCAAAGCUGCCAGUGGCGCUUUUGAUUCUUGGUCCGAGCUCCCGGCACUUGUGCGCUCCCAAUGGCUCAGCCGCCUGGCAGACAAGCUGGAACAGAACCUCGAAGAGAUCGCCCACUUGGAAGCAAUCACGAUGGGAAAACCUGCCAUUAACGACUUUUCUGUUGCCAUGGGACUUCAGAUCAUCCAAUACUUUGCGGGAAAGACUGGUGAUGUUCAAGGAGAAACAUCUCUCAAUGACCCAAGUAUGCUUGGAAUGACGUUUCGCCAGCCAUAUGGCGUGACAGCCGCCAUCAUACCAUGGAACACGCCUUUUCUUAUGCUCAGCAUGAAGAUUGGGCCCGCACUGGCCGCCGGAAAUACAAUGGUCCUCAAGAGCUCGGAGAAGAGCCCACUAUCUUGCCUCGUAGUUGCACGAUGCAUGCAAGAAAUUGGAUUCCCUCCCGGCGUGUUGAACAUUCUUAGUGGAUUUGGCAGACCUUGUGGAGAGGCCAUUGCGAAGCAUAUGGACAUUCGCAAGCUGGCUUUCACAGGCUCGACCGUCACAGGAAAAGCUAUCAAGAAGGCAGCCGCGGAGAGCAACCUUAAAAACGUGACUCUGGAACUAGGCGGGAAAUCGCCCUUGAUCAUAUUUGAAGACGCAGAUCUGAAAAAGGCGGCUGCCGCUGCGGCUUUCAGUAUUCUCGUGAUUUCCGGUCAGGCCUGCAUGGCAAGCUCGAGAAUAUAUGUGGAAGAAAACGUCGCAAACGAGUUUGUGGAGUUGGUCAAGGCAGAAAUAGGCAGAAUCGGGUUUGGCGGUGAUCCGUUGGAGGCAGGCACUUUGCGUGGGCCUCAAGCCGAUAAAAUCCAGUUCGACAGGGUCCUGAGUUAUCUGGAUCUGGCGCAGAAGGAGAACCUCAACGUCGUGCUGGGAGGAAAGCGAGAAGACAAGACUGGCUAUUACAUCCAGCCAACUAUCAUUUACGGUGCACCGGACGACAGCAAGCUUCUGAAGGAGGAGAUUUUCGGCCCGGUGCUCUGCAUCAAUACUUUCACUGAUGAGGCAGAUGCGGUCACGAGAGCCAAUGAUACUGACUACGGUCUGUAUGGUAGUGUUUUCACCAAGGAUGUGAGUAGAGCGGUGAGACUGGCGAAGAAACUCCAAGCAGGCACCGUCGGUGUGAACGUGACCAGUCCGACUGUGGCUUUGGACCUACCAUUUGGCGGCUGGAAGGAAAGUGGAGAGGGCAGAGAAUUGGGUAAACACUCGUUGGAUAGCUGGACAGAGCUCAAGACCGUGCUUGUAGGUCUGUAG